GGGCGGGCGGGGCGGUUUCACAGCCCCUUUACGGGGACCGACAAUACCUCAGGAUACCCCUCCCCGGGCCACCGCUCCCCCUCCCCAGCCCUUACGGAAGAGGCUAUAUUUGGGCCGGGACAGGGAGCGGCGACUCGCCCUGCCCCAUCCAGUUUCGCCCAGGUGCGGUGAGGGGAGGGGAGGUGGGGGGUGGUGGCGGUUUAACAGCGCCCGGCUGGCUCGGGAGGAGGAGCCGUCGCCUCCUCCGCGUCUCAGGUGUAACCGGAGCCGGGAGGGCGCGGCGCAGCCACCACCACCUGCGGAACCUGUCGGGCGGCUCACAUCGGUUCGGCCGCCGCGCAGGCACCGGUCCCUCUCCUCUUCCUCCUCCUCCCGUGCCCUACGGAGGACUCUUCCCCGGCCCCUCCGCGACCCACCCGCCGGCACCAGCCAUGAAGCCGCUCUGGGGGGCUGCGCUCCUGCUGCUGCUCUGCGCCGCCGCCUGCGCCCAGAACUCCUGCGUUUGCCAGAAGAACAAGCGUGUGACCAACUGCCAGCUGGUCAACGGCGUCUGCCAGUGCCAGUCGGUGGGCUCCGGUGUCCCGGUGGACUGUAGCACCCUGACUUCAAAAUGCCUGUUGAUGAAAGCGGAAAUGAGAGGCUCAAAAUCAGGUCGUCGUGAGAAGCCAAAAGAUGCAUUUGAAGAUACUGAUGGCCUUUAUGAUCCCGAGUGUGAAAAUACUGGUGUUUUCAAGGCGAAGCAGUGCAAUGGAACCACCUGUUGGUGUGUGAAUACAGCUGGUGUUAGAAGAACUGAUAAACAUGAUGCUGACUUGAAAUGCAAUCAAUUAGUCAGAACAAUGUGGAUCAUCAUUGAAAUUAAACAUGGUGAGAGGAACACUCCGCUGCACUCUGACGUUUUAGACAGAUUCUUCAAGCAGUUGAUUACCAGUCGCUACAUGCUGGAUGGACGCUACAUAAGUAGUGUUCUGUAUGAAGAACCUUUAAUUACUAUUGACUUGAAACAAAACUCCUCCGAAAAAUCUUCUAGGGAUGUGGAUAUAGCUGAUGUGGCCUACUACCUUGAAAAAGAUCUCAAAGGUGACUCCAUCUUCCAUGAAAACAUACUGAACAUGACCAUUGAUAAUGAGAGGCUGCUUUUUGAGAAGGUGGCGGUCUACUAUGUUGAUGAAAUACCGCCGGAGUUUUCCAUGAAGUCUCUGACUCCUGGCCUCAUUGCUGUCAUUGUAAUAGUAGUAAUAGCCAUAGUUGCUGGAAUUGUUGUUCUGGUCCUGACGAGGAGGAGGAAAGGGAAGUACGUGAAAGCAGAGGUAAAGGAAAUGAAUGAAAUGCAUAGAGGGCUGAAUGCGUAAUUAAAUUGCCUGACAACAGAGUAAGAUUCCAACAAGAAGACAACAGAAACAUUGGAGGCAUGGAUCUUAACUCUUCAAAGAUUCCUCCUGAAAGCAAGGCAAUUGUGCUCACUUAAUGAUUUGUUAAAACUCUGUAACAGCCAAGACUGGUAACUGUGCUACUGUUUUUACCAUUUGUUGAGAGUUGAAUCUUAAACACCCCAUCUUACUUAAGUCAAGCUUAACUACUCCCUGAUCUUAUGUUUAUGAUGAUUAAAUGAGCUGUCAACUGCUGUUACUAGGGUUUUGGAGCAUACAUGCUUAAAUGGUUAUUUUACCCUUGUGGGAGUUUUAUUAAAGAGAAAAUGGCCUCUUUUGUAGCCACGUUGUGAGGAGAGUGCCUCCUUUAUAACUGAACAUGAUGUUUUUAUGGCUGUUUGUACAUAUUUCAAGUUGCUGUAACUUUUUUAUGACUUGAAUUAAUAAAACUUUGAAACAGGC